AUGCCAAAAGUUUUAUCUCGCCCUAAAAAAUGUCAUCAAUCAUCAAAUCAUAACAUCAACAUUCUUGAACUCGUCACAAGCAUAAAUGUACCAUUUCCACCAAAAAUAACGAUCAAAGACCUACUUGCGAAAGUCACACCCCACGAUAAUAAGCCUGGAAGAACACCUAAUGCAUUUAUAUCUUAUAAAAUGGUACUUCAUCGGGCACUUAAAUCGCAAGGCUUUAAAUACCCAAUUUGGGUUAUUUCAAAGAUAGCAAGUUUAAAGUGGAAACAUUAUGAACCGAACCAUGUUAAAAGUCAUUAUAUAAAGUUGGCAGAUGAAGCUAAACAAGAUUACAAGAAAUCAGGUCCAUUUUUUAUUAUGGCUCCAGAUUGCAAAGGUGAAAAAGAAACUAAUCCUCAAAAAGAAAGCUUUGAUGUUGAGAGUGAUAAUUACAAUGCGAGUAUUCAUUUGAAUAAUGAAGAACAAGGAUCUUAUAAUUGUUUAACUUUUGGACAGCAAACAAUGGAUUUUUUUAACGGGUUUUCUGUUCCAUCCUUUUUAAAUGAGUCUUGUUUAAACGAGUCUUUUGCACCCUUAAAUGAAUCUUCUACACUUUUAUAUGAGUCUUCUGCUUCCUUAAAUGAAUAUCCUAAAUCUUUAUACGAGUCUUCUGUGCCCUUAAAUGAUCAUCUUACACAUUUAAAUGAAUCUCCUGCACCUUUAACGACAAUUUCAAACGUACCAAUUCCUAAUUAUAUUUAUAUUUGUUAUCCACAAUACAUUAUAGUCAAUGAUACUAGAUAUCAAAGUUGA